CCUGUAUCCUAACGUCCAGUUACUGGAUGGAUUGAGUGAUCACUGGAGACUAGAAAAAGCGUAUCUCCAAGGUUUCGAUCAAGGUGCAAUUGACUAACAUGCGAGCUAAAUGGAACAAAACAGGUCUCUGAGGGAAUACAUCCGUAUUCUUGGGAUGUGCUUGGGUAGAUUUGAGUAUAGAAGACUCACUAUUUUAAGAACACUUUCAGUGGGAGUAUCUGUUUUGCAGAUAUACUUGCUAGUAGCUCGGAGUCAGUCAACAUCACCCUAUCACUAAGGUAUUAUCAGUA